AUGGCUCCUAUCAUACGAGUAAUCGGCUCCCUCAAUGCGGAUAUGGUCUCAGUGACUCCGCGCUUCCCCGAGCCCGGUGAGACAAUCACAGCGUCAUCUUUCAUUACAAGCGCUGGUGGAAAGGGCGGCAAUCAAGCCGUCUCAUGCGGCCGAUUAUCUCGUUCAAAGCCAUCUUCAACAGCCACGCUGGCUUCAACGACCCCUGUCAUUGUCGAGAUGGUUGCUGCAGUUGGUGGUCGUGACGGACACUUUCAAGCGUUGCUCCGCCCGACAUUAGAAGAAUCUGGGUUGGACACGUCGCGAAUUCGAAUAGUGGAGGAUGAUUAUACUGGUGUUGCUGUGAUUAUAGUGGAUACAUCGGCUGGAGGAGAGAAUCGGAUUCUUUUUUCGCCUGGGGCGAAUUACUCAGGCAUGCAACCGAUCCCUGACGUGAUCAAAACAGCGCUGGCAGCACCAACUCCCGAUAUCAUCGUCAUGCAGGGAGAGAUCCCUAUUGACACUGUCAUUGGCAUCUUGCGGAAUGUCAAGGAAUUCAAAGAGCAAAAUCGACGGGCUGGAAAGAAAGGAAUUGAAUCUGGGCCGGAGGUGAUGUUCAACCCGGCGCCAGCGCCACCAAAUGGCCUACCAGAGGACGUUUAUGCGACUGUUGACCACUUGAUUAUGAAUGAAACUGAGGCCGAGCUGAUGGCUCCUAAAACAGAAGAGUUGCUCCGUCUUGUACCAGAAGCAAAGGGCGAGAGUCUCCGAGAGCAAGUCGCUCGAUAUUUCCACAAGAUUGGCGUUACCUACGUCGUCAUUACUCUGGGAGCGAAGGGUGUUUGGUAUAGCGCUACUGAUGCAGGCAAUUCAGGGGCUCCAGAUCACGUCACUAGGUUCACCAGCGAGAUUCCCGCUACAAAAGUGAGCAAGGUCGUGGACACCACAGCGGCUGGCGAUACAUUCGUGGGAGGCUAUGCAACGCAUAUCGCACGGUGGAGGGAGCAACGUCGAGUCCAGGGCAAGGCCGCCAACGAUUUGGACACGGCUGAAAAGAAGGAGCGGUAUGAGAUAGUGAUGGAUGAAGCAAUGAAACGCGCCGGACGAGCAUCUGCUCGUUGUGUGGAGAGAGAAGGGGCAAUGGACAGCAUUCCGUGGGAAGAUGAAAUUUGA